AUGGCCCCUGCAAGACUCGAUGAGGUCUCGUGUGAUGUGACACGCGACGGCGCUGCCCUCGACAAGAUGUCGGAUGACGUUGACACUGUCAAUGUCUUGAAAGCAGAACUCAAGGACUCCGCUGCAUGUGAUGAGCCCAAGUUUGGAGCUGACAAGGACAAGUCCAAGUUCCGCCAAUACGAGACUGCCUGCGAAAGGGUCAAGGCUUUCUAUCGAGAGCAACACGAAAAACAAACAGUCGCCUACAAUCUGAAAGCCCGGAAUGACUUCCGGUCCAGAGUACGGGCUGAAAUGACAGUUUGGGAAGCAAUUGAGAAGCUCGAUACAUUGAUCGACGAGUCAGAUCCGGAUACCUCCCUCUCCCAAAUUGGCCAUCUUCUUCAAUCUGCUGAAGCCAUCAGACGUGAUGGUAAGCCAAGAUGGAUGCAGCUCACGGGCUUGAUUCAUGAUCUGGGAAAGCUUCUCUUCUUUUUCGGUGCAGAAGGCCAAUGGGAUGUGGUUGGAGAUACAUUCCCGGUUGGAUGCGCCUUCGAUGAGCGAAUUAUCUAUCCUGAAACAUUCGCAAACAACCCCGACUUUGGGAACCAAAUAUAUGGGACCAAAUUCGGCAUAUAUUACCCAAACUGCGGCCUUGAUAAUGUGAUGCUUUCCUGGGGCCAUGAUGAGUACCUGUACAAUGUCGUGAAAACCCAAUCAACCCUUCCAAAGGAGGCGCUGGCUAUGAUUCGCUAUCAUUCGUUUUACCCCUGGCACGCAGCUGGCGCAUAUCGACACCUGAUGAACGAUGAUGACGAACGUAUGCUUGAGGCAGUCAAGGCUUUCAAUCCGUACGAUCUGUACAGCAAGAGUGACGACGUUCCCGAGAUCGAAAAGCUGAAGCCUUACUACCUUGAGCUAAUCGAUGAAUUUUUUCCACAACGCAUUGUGAAAUGGUGA